CAGUGGACAGUGUACUCACGCGCCGGUCUUCUUACCCCUUUUCUCCUUCCUCCUCCCAGUGCUCUCUUCGCCGAGCGGAGAAACAAGUAAACAAAUCUCAGAUCAAGCAAGCAACGUAGGUUCUCCUCGCUUCAAGAUCCAAAGGGCGGUCUUCCAUUCUCGUCCCCAUCUCACCGCCUGCUCUAACGUCUAACCUAACUGCAUUUGUCCUCCCUAAUCGAUCGAUCGAUCGGUGGGGGUGGCGUGAGUGAGGUUGGUUCUCCUCGGCUGGUGGAUGGAGAGGGCUGUUCCGGAGCGCUUGGCGGGUCACCGAGUUGUUCGCGUGCAAACUCCGCUGGUUGAUUCGGUAUCAUGCUAUUGUAGAGUGGAUGCUGGUUUGAAAACAGUUGUAGGAGCUAGAAAAUUUGUUCCUGGUGCUAAGCUCUGUCUGCAACCUGAAAUUGUGCCCAAUGGAACAAAAUUGAGGAACACACACAGGCAGAGGAAUAGAAACCAGGCGCCUCUUUUUCCUGGUCUCCCAGAUGAUCUCGCCAUUGCUUGUUUGAUUCGGGUUCCUCGAGUUGAACAUCAAAACCUUCGACUAGUUUGCAAAAGAUGGAACAAACUUUUGUGUGGAAAUUACUUCUACUCUCUUAGAAAAAAGUUAGGGAUGGCAGAGGAGUGGGUCUAUGUCAUCAAGAGAGAUCGUGAUGGAAAGAUAUCCUGGCAUGCAUUUGAUCCUACUUAUCAAAUCUGGAGGUCACUUCCACCUGUUCCUGCAGAUUAUUCUGAAGCUCUUGGUUUUGGUUGUGCUGUUCUUAGUGGCUGCUACCUCUACCUAUUUGGAGGUAAAGAUCCAUCCAAGGGAUCAAUGAGGCGCGUAGUCUUCUACAAUGCACGGACAAACAAAUGGCACAGAGCUCCAGACAUGCUUCGAAGGCGCCAUUUCUUUGGUUCUUGUGUCAUCAAUAACUGUCUAUAUGUUGCUGGUGGGGAAUGUGAAGGGAACCAAAGAACUCUUCGGUCAUGAUCCUGUCCGAACCAGAAGUCAACAGACGCUGGGCACGUGAC